GCAUACUCUAAUGUGACCGUCAAGAACUUGUUUUCUUUCCCGCUUCGUCAGCCUGGAUCUUAUUCCGAAAACCCCAUUUUCCAGCAGAUCCCGCCCAUAUCCCGUAGAGAUCCCGCCCACUCUGGAGUCAAUCUCUGCUCACCACUGGGUAUCCAGAUGGCGUAAUAGACCCAAAAUAAGGCCCGCGCGUCUAUAAGAUAGCAUAAUUAGGGAAUGGCCCAUUCACCGCGAGGUCAUCAAUCAGCACAACUAGGCAGUCCUACCUACACCGUCCCCUCACAGUUACAAUGUCUACCACUUCACCAACAGACAGAAAGAAUGUCACCGAUGCAUUCGACAUUGAGCGACAAGGAUCUGUUACUGCAGCAGCAGUGCAAGUCGCAUCCAAGUCACUCGGUGCAGGCUCAGCACUAGCUCUAGGCGCAUUCGGCACGACUUUAACAACCCUAUCCCUCAGUCUGAUGGAAUGGCGCGGGGUAACCAUCACCAACGUCUACGUGGGCAACUUCUUCUUCAUCGCAGCAUUCGGACUUGUCAUCACCGCGCAAUGGGAACUCUCCGUGGGGAAUGGUUUUGCGUACACGGUAUUCAGCGCAUUCGGCCUCUUCUACGCCGGCUAUGGCGCGAUCCUCACCCCAGCCUUUGGCGUAGCACAAGCCUACGGAUCCGACACAGCACAGUACAACAACGCGCUCGGUUUCUUCAUGAUAUUAUGGACAGUAUUCGUGUUCGCGUUUCUCAUAGCAUCGCUGCCGAUCAAUCUGGCAAAUAUUUUGGUUUUCUUCUUUGUGGACUUGGGGUUCUUGACUGUGGCGGCGAGUUACUUUGCUGAUGCGGAUGGACACGCUGAGUCGGCGAGGGCAUUGCGCAAGACAGGAGGGGCAAGUUGCUUUGUGGCGGGGAUGGUGGGGUGGUAUAUUGUGUUUCAUUUGUUCCUGAAAGAUAAUUCAUCCAACAAUUCUCUCCUUGUCGAUCCACGAUGCGAUGUGCUUCAGCCCGCAGAUGGCGUGAUCCGUGCGCGCCAUUUACAAGCUUCCAGCGCAAUCACCACUGAUUGCCCAGUGCCACCAUGCCUGCUGCAGCAUUUCAUCAGAGCCCCUCACAACCCCCUCACUCUCCCAACACAUUAUCAUAACCAGCUCAACAUGACCCAAACUGACAUCCCAGCCACCGAUCCAGCUGUCUAUGAGGCCUACAAAUCCCAAUGGGCCUCGUUACCCGACACCGCUGAUGCCUGGCUAGCUCGGGCGCGUGAAGUAGCCACAAUCCUGAGCCAGGAUGCUGCGCAGCGCGAGCAAGAGAACAAAUCCCCACGGGCGGAAGUAGCUCUACUCAAACACUCUGGUCUUCUAAAACUACUAGGCCCCAAGAAAUACGGUGGAGGCGAACAGCCCUGGAGCGUGGGAUACAAGGCAAUCCGCGAGGUAGCCAAAGGAGAUGGUUCAAUCGGCAUGCUCCUAGGCUACCACCUCCUCUGGUCCACAACAGCCAACGUAGUCGGCACCCCCUCGCAAGCCGACCGCAUCCACCAGUGGAUAAUCACAAACAACUACUUCGUCGGCGGGGCCGUCAAUCCCCGCGACAGCGAUCUAUCCAUCACUUCCGACGGAGAAGACAUCAUCUUCAACGGAGCCAAAUUCUUCAACACGGGGGGCGUCGUCUCCGACCUCACUGUCCUAGAAGGUGUCCUCGAAGGUACAGGCGAGCACAUCUUCGCGCUCGUCGAGACCCGUCAGGCGGGGAUCAAGUUCGCCCAUAACUGGAACAACAUUGGUCUACGAUUGACGGAGUCCGGAGGGGUCAAGAUAGAGAAUGUGCGUGCGCCGUGGAAAGAUGCAUUGGGAUGGGACGAAGUGUCGAAGAGGCCGCGCGAGGAGGUUCUGGGUGUGCCAUUUGCGAGUUUGUUGCUUCCCACGAUCCAACUCGUCUUCAGCAACUUCUACCUCGGCAUCGCUCAAGGCGCACUAGCCUUCGCAUCGCAAUACACUGUGAGCACGACCCGCCCAUGGCCCUUUGGCGGAGACAACAAGCCCUCCGCGACAGAGGAGUUCUAUAUUCUCGAGCGAUACGGGAACUUCUUCGCGCAUCUCCGCGCGGCCGAGGCGCUGGCUGAUCGGGCUGGAGAGGAGAUUUCGUCCUUGUAUCGAGAGCAUGCGGAUAACCGGCCUGGGUUGACGGCUAGACAACGGGGUGACUUGGCCGAGUGGAUUGCCAGUGUCAAGGUGGUUACUACGGAUGUUGGGUUGAGGGUGACCUCGGGUAUCUUUGAGGUUACUGGUGCCAGGGCGACGGCCGUGAAGGUCGGGUUGGAUCGGUUUUGGCGCGAUAUUCGGACGCAUACGCUGCAUGAUCCGGUGGCGUAUAAGAAUCGCGAGCUGGGGAGGUAUGCUCUGUUGGGUGAGGUGCCAGAGCCGACGUGGUAUACUUAG